AAAAUCAGCCCUUUGCAAAAUUCCUCUGAAAAAAUUGUGGUUGCUUCCUUGUACCAACAGGGCACUACCACCAACCACACUCCACUCUGAGCCACCCUUUCCCCCCACCCCACGUGAAGCUAUACUUUUCCUGAAACCUCCAUCAUACCUUAUGGAGAAAAUCGGAAAGAUGCACAAACUUCAAAAAUUAACCAAAAAUCAGCGGUUUGCCCAAUUCCUUUGAAAUUCAUUGGGCACUAUAAACCCCACCCACUCUUUUGACCAUGUGACCCAUUUUAAAAUCUGUAUUAAUUUGGAUUCAGUUUUGGAUUAAUUCAGAUACAAAACAAAACUGGGUUGAUCCAGAAGGAUUAAUUUCAGACAAAAUACAAAAUGGGCUUGAUUUGGAUUUGGUACAAAUCAAAACAGAAAGAAUACAAAAUGUGCAACCCUAAUAUUGAAGUCUGUGUCUUCCACAGCAGCACAUAGUGCCCUCUUGGAACUGAAUCAAGGCACAGGAAGAGAAAUAUCAGGCACAGCAGAGUUAACAGCUCAAAGGAGAAGACAAGGCUCAGACCAGAGGAGGCAACUAACUUUGGAUUCUCUCCUAAAGACGACAGCCAGCAAGCCCGCCAGCUAGCCAGCAAAUCAUUAAAUCUAUCCAAACAAUCAAUCGAUCAAUCAACCAACCAACAAGAAAACAAGGGGGAAAGGACAAGCUAGCCUUUCAAUGUCAGAAGUGACCUAUCUCACCCACAAGGGGAUCUUUUUCCCCAUGGUCAACGAUUAUGCAGCAGACCACCUCAGCUUUGUGGAAAAUGAAUUCCAGCUGUUGGAUGACGAUGUAGUGAAUGUUACUUAUAGCAAAUCAGGUACCCAUUGGAUGGCGGAGAUCUUGGGUUUGAUCCGUCAUGAUGGGGACCCCACAUGGGUACUCAGUACUCCAUUGUUUCAACGGACACCCUGGUUGGAAUUUGUUAGGGGCUUGAAGACUGCCCUUGAAUAUCCUUCACCCAGGAUGAUGAAUUCUCACCUUCCAGUCCAGCUUUUCCCUAAAUCCUUUCUCAACUCCAAGGCCAAGGUGGUCUAUACCUUGCGCAACCCCAAGGACGUGCUGAUCUCACACUACUACUUCUCCAAGGCUUUGAGGGUAUUCAAAGACCCUGGAACAGUCCAAGAGCACAUGGAAGAAUUCCUGAGUGGAAAUGUGCCCUAUGGCUCUUGGUUUGACCACGUGAAAGGCUGGAUGGAGAUGAAGGACAGAGCCAACUUCUUCUUCAUCACCUACGAAGAGAUGCAGCAGGACCUGCGAAGCAGUGUGGGGAGGAUCUGCCGCUUCCUUGGUAAGGAGCUGAACAGCCAGCAGAUUGACUCGGUGGUGGAAAAUGCCUCCUUCCAGAAGAUGAAGGACAACAAGAUGUCCAACUUCUCCCAAGUACCCGACAUGUAUAUGGACCACAGUAAAGGAAAACUAAUGAGGAAAGGGAUCUCCGGAGACUGGAAGAACCUCUUGACGGUGUCCCAGAGUGAACACUUUGACCGUGUUUAUCGGGAGAAAAUGUUGGGUAUGAACAUGACCUUCCCAUGGGACUGAAGAUAGCCAGGCGAUUCCUCAUAGCAUUGUGUGUGCUCACAUUCCAUAUCUCAUCUGCUACAAGCCCUUUUAAUAUGAACUGGGCCCUCUUACUGGUCAAUUCUUUCCCGCUGUGAUGUAGUAAAGUUGCUGAGACAUGGUUCUUGAAGCAGAAGGCACAAUGUUCCCAGUCUGCCUCCCAGAAGCAAUAACAUCUAACCAAGUCCCAGAGUGUUUAGCCUGUUUUUAAUGUUUAGCCUGUUUUUAAGGUUUCCAUACAGCAGAGGGAAGCAGUGGGUAGAAUAUACCCAAGGUUACCGUCUGAAGCCACUAACUCUAGAGCGGCCCCAGGGAUCACCUCAUUGGCUUCUCAGGUGUCAGGGCACAAGGUUUAAACACAAUCUGGGGUUUUUAAAAGGCCCUUUGUCAUUAUUCUUUCAAAGUGCUGAUUUCCACUGCUUCUCACUCUAAUCGGCUCACAGGUCUGCGCUUCCACAUUUCUUUGUGAGCUGUUUCACACGACACAGUUUUCUGACCUAAAUGUCAUGACUAUGUAGGAUAUUCUCUAUGUAGGAUAUUAUUGGCUUCCACUCUCUCGUGUCCAUGAUUUUUUUUUAGCAUUCGUGGAUUAUAACCGUCCGAUGCAAACAGUUCUGCUCCUGAGUGCAGAGCGAUUACUGCUCCUCAUGGAACAAAUCUGCUAACACAUUCACCAGUUUUCACACAUGCAGAUGUAAAAUAGACUAAUACUGAGGCUGUGUUGAAACGCUGAAAUAAAAUGCUUACUUGAAAAAAGA